AUGGCUACACCAUCAGUUGACCUGCCUCCACCAUCUGACGACGAGGUUGCAGUGCCCAUGCUUGACCAUGCUCCAGGUCUAGCGUCCGCGAUUGGCGUAGCGGCAGUGGCAGCCGUGGCUGGACACCAAGUUCUCGGAGGUGGCCUUCCCCGGAGCAUUGACGAAGACUUGUGCCACAAAUCAUGCGACGGCGACGACAGUGACGGCAGGGAAAAAGAAGAAGACGGCAAAGGGCGACAGCACGAUGAAGAGAAGAGGAGGAGGAGGAAAAAGAAGAGAAACAUUCGCGAAGAAAAUCAGCAAAAGGGUCUAAGAGAGGCCCAAGAAAAAUGGGAUGCGGCAACAGCCAUGGUUGCAGUAAGAACGGAGGCAGGAGCGGAGGCGAUUCCGGGGAGUGUCGCAUCAAGAGGAGAAGGAGGAGCUGGACUUGGAGCUGGAGAGCCUGAAGGGGUCCUCCCGUCGCCUAGAAAAGGCACCGAUUUGGCAGGCCAACAGGUCAGAGCUGCACUUUCCCGCUCCCGCCUGGGUCGUUCAACCCCCUCAUCCCCAAGCUUGGGCUCCCUCUCGGUCACAGGCACAAGCUCGUACCAUCUCACCAGCACCAACGCAAACACCAACAAUCUUAGCAACUACACCCAAGGCGGCCGCAUUACAAAGCCCCGGCACCGCGCCUCUCUUUCAGCGUCAAUUGCAGCGUCUCUUACAAGUGCCGUUGCUGCCGCCGAAACCGCCAAGUUCACUUACGGAGCAAAGGUUGCCGCGACUCUGGCUGCCACAACAGCUACAAUGGUGGGGAAUCUUGCAAGCACCACUACAACGGCCACGGCCUCGCCAAAGCUCAAGCACAACGGCCUGCCAACUUUACAGACGACGUCCAAGACUACGGCGUCCACUCCUACCGUUACCACCACCAACUCUACCGCCAGGGAAUCUCCUGUGCUCUCUUUCUGGGGUCCUGAACCCAUUGCGCUUCCCUCGCGUUUCUCUCGCAUCAAGCGCAACCUCAUUCGCGGACACGAGACCGAGCUCGAAGCCAGCUGGACCCGUCUUAUUACUGCUCUCCGCGACGAGGUUAGCCGUAUCGAAGAUCUUGGCGCUCACUUGAUUCCCUCGAUUGAGUUUUCUGACAUUGACGAUGAAGCCCAGACUGCCCGCUUUGGCCAUGAUCUGAAGCGUUAUGGUGUCGGAGUCAUUCGCAAAGUCGUUCCUCGAGCUGAUACUGAUACUGCUGUCCGCGAGACGGUCGAUUACCUCGACAGCAAACGCCAUAUAAAAGCGCUCCAACAUGACCCGGCAUGUUUCGAUUUCUUUUGGACCCCGGCUCAAGUCCGCUCACGCGCGCAUCCCAACGUCCUCAGCGCCCAGCGUUUCAUGAUGGGCUUAUGGGAAACAGGCCCGGAUGAUCAACUUGUCACUAGGCUACCCAUUACCUAUGUCGAUCGCAUUCGAGUGCAUGGCAACACGGAAAACCAGUCCAACGGUCUCAACGUACCACCUCUUGAACCCCCACAAUCUGCCGAUGACUGGAUCCAAGCUCUGCAGUCCUCGGCCGGGAUCAUUGCUCAGGUUGACAAUGGCUCUCUGGAACGCUGGGAGCCUGAUGGCUAUCAACAUGCAGGGACUUACAACAAUAUUUUCCAUGGCCGCUGGGAAGACCAUGAUCCAUGGGAAUGCACCAGUCGUACCUCUGUGACGACAGAUCUUUAUAACGGCUAUGGUGCCUGUACUAUUUUCCGCAUGUUCCAGGGCAUUUUGGCCCUUUCCACGGUUGAGCCUGGCAUGGUGCGUCUGCUACCGUCGCCCAAGUUGGCAACGGCCUACUACCUGCUCCGUCCGUUCUUCACCACCAAGAACCCUCCUCCUGAAACGCGCAGCGGGCCUGAGUGGGAUGCCUACUUAGCUCCUGAGAACUGGCAACUGCAGCGAGACCCCGACUCUAUCAUUCACGGAGCUGUCCCGGGCCAUGCACAGAGAAUCACCGAAAUCUGGCACCCGCACUUACACUUGAGAAGUAGCAUGAUCACAUUACCCACGCUGCAGCCGGGCGACUACAUUUUAUGGCACCCUGAUCUCCCAUACUAUCUCUCCAGCAAUAACUAUGGUCUCAAGACGCCGAGCGGUAGCAACAGCGAAGUCAGUAUGCUUGUGUAUAUGCCAGCAGCUCCUCUCACACAAACGAACGCACUCUACCUGGCGCGACAGAGAAAGGCGUUCCAAAGAGGCCACCCCGGUCCUGACUUCGACUCCACUGGGAGGGGCAUAGUUGAAGAAGACUCCGAUACGCGACCUGGAGAGAAGGAGAUUGCCGACGUCGGUGGCCCGGCCGCAUUGCAGGCCAUGGGUCUAGCUCCUUGGGAAGUCGCAGGAACCCGUUCCGGAUCACCGCCCAGCGACAAGGCGAAAUCUAAGGACGAGGAGGACGUGGAUAUGGAAGCUGAGACCAGAAGCCUGAUGAGCUCUUCCUCGAUCUCUCGAGCUGAGGCCGAGGUUGUACGUCUGGCCAACAUCAUCCUUUUUCCGGACCGGUCAAUGAUGGGAUACUCGGUUUAA